AUGGCAUCAAGUAUUAACCCAGAAUGCAAUGAAAUGAAGCAGAAAUAUGAUUCAUGCUUCAAUCAUUGGUAUGCAAAUCGUUUUCUCCAAGGAUCUAGGUCAUUAGAAGAAUGUGAUGAAUUGUUUCAAGCAUACAAAGCAUGUUUUAUGAAAGUAGUUCAUGAAAAGCCUAUUAUGGAGCUCUUAAAUCAUGCAAGAGCUCAAGCACCAUUUGAAGAAGGUGGUAAACGCCGUUCUAAGGACUCCUAG